AUGUUUAAUCUACGCAUUCUCUGUCGGGAUCAUCCUCAGCGUACCAUUGCCUUAGUCACUGCCGACCAUGUUCUGGUCUUCCACUACAGCCCCGCCGACACGCGCGAGAAGAGCGCCGCGCGCUGUCAGGUGGAAUUCGCGGAGAUCUCGUCCGUCGAGCUGGAAGGCUAUCGUUCGCUGGGCGAAGGAUAUGGAACCCUCGGUCUAAUUACUUUGAACGAUGACAUCUUUGUCUGUGUGGUGACGGGCUCAUCACAAGCUGCCACCGUGCGGCCCGGGGAAGCGGUGUCGCGGAUUGACAAUGUCGACUUCUACUGCCUCAAUCGUACAGAAUAUGAUUAUGGCAUGGAGUAUGAGUCCAACUCUCAAUUCGCCGCGGAGGGCGCAGGUCCCGAGGGCAGGGACGUGGUGACAGACCACCCUUUCCUAGCUUUGAAAAAGCUUCUCGGAGAUGGGAGUUUCUACUACAGCCUGGACUUUAACCUGACAGAUCGCCUACAGGACCGCGCGGAUAAAUCAGCGGCCUUCGACAUCGACUCGCUCGAUGAGGACAUGCUUUGGAACUCAUACAUGAUCAGCCCAUUGCUACGCUUUCGAAGCAACUUGCCGCCUUUCGACCGAGCAAAAUUGGAUGCUUCUCAGAUGCUGACAUGCGUCAUUCGAGGCCACGCCAGUACGCUCACAAUCCCAGCAUCGAUCCCGAUCCUUCCGCAGGUGCGGACUAAAUUCCCUUCCCUGUUGACUAUUAUCUCGCGGCAAUCUUCUCGGCGUGCAGGCACGCGAUUCAAUUCGCGAGGUAUUGACGAUGAUGGACAUGUGGCCAACUUUGUGGAGACGGAAACGAUUCUCUGGGUUUCCCCGAGCAUCACCUUUUCCUAUGUCCAAGUCCGAGGCUCCGUGCCCAUCUUUUGGGAGCAGACGCCUGGGUUCAUCCCUGGCCAGCAGAAGAUCGAAGUCACUCGAUCAAGUGAAGCUACACAGCAUGCGUUCGAUGAACAUUUCGAAGGACUUGAAUUGGAAUACGGAGCAGUGCAUGUUAUCAAUCUCCUCAGUGAACAGAAGCCAGGGGAAGCCGAGCUGUCGGCCAAGUUCCGGAAACACAUCUCCAAAAGCUCACUGAGGCGAAAAGAACAAACAGAGCAAGCCGCCAGUCAUAGUCUUCUGCGAAUGACGGACUACGAUUUCCAUGCUGAGACUCGAGGGCCUUCUGGGUACGCCGCGAGUAGCCAAAUCAAAUACGAGCUGGCAGACUCGUUGGAAGGGUUUUCAUACUUUUUGUCGGAAGAUGUUGCCCGCUCGAAUUCAUCCAUGUAUGGGGAUGCAGCCAGCAGCUCUUCGGUAAUAUUGCAACAGGAGGGUGUCUUUCGGACCAAUUGCUUGGAUUGCUUGGACCGGACCAACCUCGUCCAGACCAUAAUCAGCGUGAUGGUUUUGGAAACAUUCCUCUCGCAACAAGGUACACCUCUCAGUUCGGAUUUGGAAAUGAGGCACUCAACCCUCUGGGCCGACAAUGGUGAUGCACUCUCCAAAAUCUAUGCUGGCACAGGAGCUCUCAAGUCCUCAUUCACCCGGCAUGGAAAGAUGUCGCUCGCCGGAGCGCUUGCCGAUGCGCGGAAAAGCGCAACUCGGCUGUAUGUGAACAACUUCACUGAUAAAGCCCGGCAGAAGACAAUCGAUUUGCUUCUGGGAAGGCUGGCGAAUCAAUUGUCAGUUCAUCUGUACGAUCCCAUGAACGAUCUGGUUUCCGAAGAACUGAGUCGGCGUGUGUCUGAAUUCUCCUCGACGAAACAAAUCCGGAUCUGGGUCGGAACAUUCAAUGUUAAUGGGCGCCUUCAAGGCCCUGAAACCGACCUCACUCCAUGGCUUUUCGCAGAUACCGCCGAAUCUAACGAGGAUCCGACCAUUUUCGUGGUGGGAUUCCAGGAAAUUGUCGAUUUGAGCCCUCAGCAGAUCAUGUCUACUGAUCCUGGCACCCGUAAAGUGUGGGAGGGGUCCGUCAAGGCCUGCUUGAAUCAGCGUGCCCAAGCCAAGGGAACGAGCAAGUACGUGCUCUUGAGAAGCGGCCAGCUUGUUGGGGCCGCCCUGAUUAUUUUUGUGAAAGAGGAGGCUCUGAAGGAUAUCAAGAAUGUCGAGGGAAGUGUGAAAAAAACCGGUCUUUCAGGGAUUGCUGGCAACAAAGGAGGCUGCGCUAUCCGGUUCGAAUUUUCAAACACCAGUAUUUGCUUGGUCACUGCCCACCUAGCGGCUGGGUUCGCAAACUACGACGAACGAAACAAGGACUACGAGACCAUCGACCGGGGUCUGCGAUUCCAGAAGAAUCGAGCAAUCGAAGACCACGACACGAUCAUUUGGCUCGGGGACUUCAAUUAUCGCAUUGGUCUGGGGAAUCAGGAAGUGAGAGACCUUGUCUCCCACAAGAACUACCGAAAGCUCUAUGAAAAUGACCAGUUGAACCUGCAAAUGAUUGCUGGCCAAUCCUUCCAAUUCUACUCUGAGGGGCCGAUUGAUUUUGCUCCGACUUACAAGUACGACGUGGGGACCACUCAAUAUGACACCUCUGAGAAAGGUCGCAUUCCGGCCUGGUGUGACCGGAUCUUGUGGCGAGGGAACAAUGUUCGCCAGACCAACUACCAGACUGCCGACCUGCGCAUCUCGGAUCAUCGUCCCGUCUGGGCGACCUUUGACUGCGUGAUUGACGUCGUGGAUAGUGUUCUCAAAGAUAAACUCAGGCGGUCAUUGUACGAGGAGAAACAAAGGAGUCUUAUGAACUCGAUGUCCCUUUUAGACUUGGAAGACGAGGAAGAAGCCAUGCUGCAGGUUCCCAUCGCAACUGGCCUGCCACCACCGAGUUCGGAUCGCAGCAGAUGGUGGUUAGAUCACGCAGGUAUUCCCGUGAAAUCAACGGUUCAUCCACCCCAGAACGGACUUGUAGCAAAUGUUAAACGCAAGUCAAAUCCCUUUUCCUCGGAUGUGGAGCCCGAUUGGGUUCCAUCGACUGGAGAUCCAAGUAUAAUACGUGACGACAAGCCCCCACGCAAACCUGCUUUACCUCCGCGAACUGGAUCGCGAGAUCAGCUCCGGGACUCUUCCCCGACGGUGCAGACUAUUCCUGCCCAGAAACAGCCGAACCGAAUCCCUGAGAAAUCGCCGCCGGCCGUUCCACGAAAGCCAAUGUCGCUAAGCUCGCCAACAAACCAUCGGUCCCCGUCCCAUUCUGCGGGCGAGUCUCCAUCACCUGGACCAUCUACCGCAAAGACCACUGCCAGUCCGGCGAAUCUCCUCGAUGGCACUGGCGCCGAGCAGAUUGAGUGGAAACCCGUUCUUCCCCAGUGA